CAGCAAGGCGCGCGAGUUUUGUUUAGUACAAAACUAGCUUAAAUGUUGAUGUCUGUAGCAUUAGCUUCCUUGAAGCUUCGACACACUUUUGCCAAGUUCAGUUUGGUUUUGUUUCACAACUUUGAUACGUUAAGUGUAAUUCUCUGGCGUUCUAAAAGUUGACCUCACGCCGUUAUGGUGUGCCAAACAGGACCUAAUAUUAGGACUACUUAAGCCUCGGGAGGUGGAUUUCUUCCCUUCGCGGAGCAUGAACGACUAUUUGACAGAAGAACUUUGCAAAGAGUUGGGACAGUUGGACCCCGACUGGUUCCAGGUGUUGACCACACGAGCGUCCUCUAAGGAAGGAAACCUCUCCGAUUCGGACGACCAAGAAGAACUUUGUCCCAACCAGGAGGCAAACUUCAAGACGCCUUUGCGCAAAACUGCUGCUGCCGAUGUGGCCCAAAGUCAACACUCUUCGAUACCUCGUGUGUUCAGACGCAGCUAUGUUCCAUCCCCGGAUAAUGACUACCAACAAGAGAAUGAACUGCUGCCGUGGGACACCAGGAGUCCGUGUUUGUUUGGGCUUGCCAAGGACGCGGUCCCGCAUUCAAAUUAUGGAUAUGGACGCCCACGCACUCCCAACUGGUUUGAUGGGCUUCACACGCCACAAGUGUCCCCAGCCAAUUACGCCCAACGCAUCUCCGAGAGCCUGGGCGCCGACAUUCACCCCGAUAUCUCGUGGACCAGCUCGCUGAAUACGCCGCCGGCUUUGCCUUCUACCCUCAUUAUAUCGAAGACAAAUGAAAGUCCCAGCCCGACGACAUUUUGUAUGGGCAAGAGUGCCGUGCUGGUUCGGAAACUCUUCCCAUCUCUGUCCAACGAUUCCAGACAGGGGUUGGCGUCGACGCAAAGCAAUGACCCGCUUGAGCUUCUGCAAGAUUCUGAUUGCCCAGAGGCCUGCCCUCAUCCAACGCUCCAAAUGUCCCCUCGGCCAUCCCCGCAGCACAACGAUGGCACCCGGAGCCAGCCGCCCCCUGAGGCGAUCCGUAGCCCGGCGCCCAGUGUUCCUGACGGGACCGAGAACAGCCUGCCCGUGUUUUUGACCAACAGCAGUUCGGUAGUGAGGCAGGUGAAGACCGAAACAACGAGAAGGACGGAAGAAAAAGAACACGGCAGCAGCCCCUUGGAUGUCUCAAUGGAGUCCGAGCUUGCGUUUUCGGAGCAAAGAGAAUCCGAUCAAGCGCUAUGCAGAAAUCCUCCAGUGGAAACCGAAGAUAGCGAAAUGACACUGUGGACACCGUUGCCUCUAUCAGAAAUUCCAGCCACCACCGUUGCCACCCAAGUGCAAGAUAAAUGCACAACACGAGCCAAGAGUCCGGUCGGAGCGUCUUUCAAGUGUGCUGGAUUCACCCGGAAAAAGACGGCCUUUAUUUACACCAUUGAUAAGGAGAAGCACUCGUUAAAGAACAACUCGGUGCAAGGUCAUAAGCUGCCUGUUGUGCAGAUGUCGAAAGCCAACGAUGAAGCCGGCGUUUGUAACGUCGGGGAUGGGAAGGACGAGCUUCAGCAACGGGAAGCCGUCGCAAAAGAAAAGUUGUCGUCCUUGCGUCGAGUCAACACGAAGGAUUUGGAGAUGUCGCAGCUUUGCCGAGCAUUUGCGCAAGACUUGAGUCAAAUGUCCUAUCCGGGCGCACCACCUCAAGUGGGCCCGCCCCCUCCUCCUGCUCCACCUUCUCCUCCUCCUUGCGGCUUCUCCCCGUUUGCCUGUCUGACCGCGCUGAGAGUUGCUCGACGGAAGGCCAAAAGGCAAGUCGGGCUUCACGGUGAUGAAGUACCUCUCGACGAGUCCGUCGAUGAGCCGGCGCCGAGCGACAGUGGCUUCCUGUCGGCCGAUGCCGACGUCUCGCAUGCGACUGCGGCCCGCUCGGAGAAACAGGAACUGCAUCACCGGCGGACGUUCGAGUCCACGCCUACCAAACAACACGAGAUGUGUUUGGAGGAGGUUUUACUUGGAACGUGGAUUGACACCAAAGACACGCGAGGGAGUUUCAAAGACUCAACCCAACCUCUGGUUUCACUUCAAUCCGACUGUUGUGAAAGGAAGCAAGAAAUUGUAAAUAUUUCCCUUCCCUCGAUUCAAGUGUCGGAAUUCCAAACGACUUCGAACCAGAGUAUGCAAAUAUCGGCAGGCGCCCCGCAGAAAGAUGAUCAACUCUUUGACGUGUGUGAUGCUCAGCGGCGACCCAUGAAAAGCGUCCCUGCUAAGGAAACUCCCACAACGUCCGAUUCUGCUUUGAGCUGUCGAGGAAGUCUCUCUGAAAAGUGUAUGUGGGAAAAUAGUGAUGAAAGGGAGGAGACGCUACAAGGCUUCGAUGGCUCCUUCCAACAAGCUCAAAAUGUUCCAAAAAGUCCCGCAAACGUGAACACGGUCACAUGUCAGGCUGAUGGAGUCACCGGUUGCGAUGGUGAUCCCAAAGAGGAAAUUCCUGCGGGGUCGUAUUCUCCCCCGAGCUGUCCACCAAAAGCUUCCCAAAACAAUUUGCCGUUUGACAGUUCCGACAUAAACGAGUCGCUUCAAGGCUUCUCUUCAUUGGUCAAGCCGGUUCAGGAUGCUUCAAAUUGUCCCGGAAACGCAAACGCGGUUGCGGGUCAAGCCGACCGAGCCUUCGAAUGCGCCCGUGAUGCGACAGAGGAAAUUCCCGCAGCGGCGGCUCCCGCUUCCCGGGCCCGAAACUGCGACCGGUCCAGCUGCCGGCUGACCGCCUCCCAGAAAGCUGACGUGAAGGCGUUGUGCGCCCUCCUGGAAGAAGCGGGCAGCCAGUUUGACUUCACCCAGUUCAGAACCGCCAAGUUAAAACAACCGGGCAAAGAGGCCUCCGCCCUCUCCUGGAAAGCUGACAAAGACCUUGAGGCACACUUGCUGUCCGGGAUCGAUUUCGAUGACAGCUUUUGCGCGGAGGCAAACGAGAAAACGACUUUGACCUCAUGCGGUACGACUCAUCUUGAAGAAUCCGCUGUUGCUAGGCAACCCCUACAUGCACAUACUACGGAAAAAGAAGCUGAAGAAAGUGUUGUGACAGUUUCCCAAAAAUGUCUGAAGAAAACCAAACAUUUAUUUCAGGAUUCGGAGGCGAGUGUUGAAAACGACGGGUCCGAUCUGCCCGUGCGCACCUCUCGGAAUGAGCAGCAAUUCGUCGACGGCUACGACACGGAGGAGCCGCUCGGAGGCGUCUUUUCAUCCGCCAUACCCGAUCAAAGCGCUCCAAAAAGUCCCGGCAACAUGCUUGCGCGCGCCCGGCAAGAGGACUUUCGGAAUCAGGAAUCGGGAAUCGGGCAGGUUGACCCUCUGCCGGGUGGAUCCCAGUUCGCAGGAGCUAAACGGGUUUCCUCCGCUGCGCCGAAGAAAACGGAAUCCUCGCUCGGUGUUUGUCAUGAAGUUGAGGAACAUCCGGCAUGCGAGCGAGCAUUCGGCAAAAGUGAGCCGCCGCUGACGGCGAGCGCGAAGCCUCGCUCGUUUUCAGCCAAUGAUCCCUUUGACGAGCUGCGCUCCGCUUCAAAGAGUCUCUCCGUUUCCGGUGGAACGACAAACGACGGACAACGAGGAAAUGCUGCCGACGUGCAGACGACGGAUGGUCAACUCCAUCCCGUUGAGAAUGAAAAGCCAGAGCAUCAAAACGGUGAAAACGCUGCAAGUUCCUGGUUGGAGCUGGAGUUUUCGAACUGGAGUGGCGGUGGUGGAUUCUCCGCUGCCGGUGGGGAAAACACUUUGGCGUCUGCGGCGGCCUUGACAAAAACCAAACCGCUUUUGCAAGAAGACCGCGGAGAUGACCCGAGUGCAGACGUUAAAAACGGAACCUCCUCUUUCCUCAAAGGUGUUGACCAUCAGACGGGCGGGUUCCGGACGGCGAAAGGCAAACCAGUUGCUGUUUCCUCAGCCGCGCUCAAAAAGGCACAACUCUUGCUCGACGAUUGCUCUGAAGUGAAGGAACAUCCGGUCUGUUCUCCAACGGCGACAAAGAGUGAGCUGCUGUCUGCCAGCGAGAAACCCGGGUCCUUUUCAGAAAAUUCACUCUUUGCCGACGACUCUCUCUUCGACAACCUCGACCGCGGUCCGGAGAGUCCGUCUGUUUCUGGCGCAAAGGACGCAAAAACGGCAAAUGCCACGAUUGGGGAUAAGAUUGACUGUCCAAAUGAUCAGGUAGAAAAUGGACAGCGUGAUGAUAAUGGAGCAAAUCCAUCUUUGGAGAUCGGUUCUUCUUCUUUACUGAGUGCCGGUGGGUUCUCGACUGCCAGUGGGAAGAAGGUCCUCGUGUCUGCGGCAGCCCUGAAAAAAGCCAAAGAUCUUUUGCGAGAAGACGCCGGGGAUGCCCCGAGCUCCAAAAUGCAACACGGAAGCUUUUUAGGCGUCCAACGCGCUGACCUGGCAGCUGCGGGCCGAAACGUCGCCGGCGCUUCUUCCGCUGCUCUUCCGACAAUCAAACCCUUGCUCGACGAAAACCUUGCGGUUGAGGAACAACAAACCUCGGGGAAAAGUGACUUCCUGCCAGCUUCAUUUGCAGCCAGAGGUGACCCGGGCUCCACCUUGGAGAGUCCCGCUCUGACUCCGUAUGGCUCGAAACGAGGGAAUAGCACAAGCAAAGAAACGUUGGCUGGUUGUUUACCCCACAAGGUGACGCUACGAGCGGACGCUCACUUCAAAGGCAUGGCGGACAGUCACGACCGAACGUCCGCAAAAGAGAAUCCGUCCAUAGUCUGCGUAAAGGCGUUGAACGUGAAGACGGAUGCUCCAAACAUUUGGCUUCAUCGUCAUGGGGAAAAGCCUGCAAAUCCAUCUUUGGAUGUCGCUUCUUCUUCUUCUUCCCUGAGUGGCGCCGGAUUCUCCGCCACCAGUGGGAGCACGCUACCCGUGUCUGUAGCAAAAGCCAAAGAUUUUUUCCAAGAAGACCACCAGGAUGACCCCGGCGCAAAAAUGAAACCCGGAGGCUCCUCGGGCGUCGACUGUGAAGCGGGUGGAUUUCAGACAGCGGGAGGCAAACGAGUCACCGUUUCUUCCGCUGCGCUUCAGAGAGGCAAAUUCUUGCUCGACGAUUGCGAUUCAGUCGAGGAGCAUCCGAACGAUGAUCCGCUAGCGAGAAAAAGUGAGUUCUUGACACCUAGCCAGAAACCUGCGUCAUUUUCUGCCAAGUCCCUCUUUGGCGAUCUCGGCUCGACUUCGGACACGAGGGCCGCUGGAGAUGGAACGUCAGAUGUUCAAGUGAGCAAAAAUAUCCCUGAGACCCGGCUUGGAAACGAGAACGCUGCUCCAUUUGGAGACGAUAAAAACACCAGGCGUUAUAAGAACCUGGCCAAACCCGCAGUUUCAUCAUCGUCCAUUUGCUCAUCUUCCCCGAGCGGCGGCGGAUUCUCUACUGCCGGCGGGAGGAGCCUGUCCGUUUCUGAUGAAGCGAUGACGAGAGCCAAAUCUCUCUUCAAUGAUUUUGAGGGUGAAAACCAGAAGCUCCACCGCGACGCUAGUUUGCCACAAGCCAAACGGGACGGUCCGCAACAUGCGGGACUCCGGACGGCCGACGGCGGAAGAUCUUCGAUUGGGUCCGCUGCUCUCAAGAAGUCAAAAUCCUUCUCCGCCGAGAGUCCCGAAAGCACAAGUGAUGCGGCCCGCGCAUCCGCAGCCAGCCGUUGGGGCUUUAGCGCAGCCAGUGGCAAAAAAGUUCUUGUGUCUGACCGCGCCGCGGCGAGAGCAAAAUCCUUGCUGGAUGAAAGCGUCGUGGACAAAGAUGCCGGCUUCCGAUGGUCAAAGAUGGCAAAUAAUCCCCCCGGCGAGCAAUGCGGCGUCGGUCCGAGCCAAAUAAGCCAUUGCGGAUUCAGCGCAGCCAGCGGGAAGCCCGCGUCCUUUUCCACCGAGGCGCUGCAGAAAGCCAAAGCUCUGUUUGAUGACAUCGGCCUCAGUGAUGGUGUCCAAGCAGCCGACGCACGGGGAAAAACCUUCAGUGUGCCUUUGGUAUCUGGACUUAAUCCAGGUCCAAGCGCUUGCGAAAGAGAGAACAAGCCAGCGGCCGCAGACGAAAUGGCCCACGCGGAGGUCGUCGGAGGUCGCGGACAGGAAGCGUCGGCUGCCUUAGGCGGAGGAACGAUCCCGAUGCCGGAGGAAGCCGCAAUUGUAAACUUGGAGUCCUUGGACCUGACCGACUGUACUGAAACGCAGCAGUUGUUUCUGGCCCAGGAAGCGCUGGACUGCACCAAAGCUUUGUUGCAGGACGAGAGUCUCGCCGGACCUUCCAUGACGUUGGAAAGCGCCUCUUGCCCGCCCGCACGGGAGCAAGCACGCGAGAAAAGAUUCGCCGAGGGCACCGAAUUGGCCGGGCAGCCUCCCUCGAAAAGAAGACUCCUGGAAGAAUUUGACAGAUCUCUCGACAGCCCGCGAGGAUCGACGCUCUGCCCGCAAACGAGUUCUCCCAAAGGUCUAUUGAAGGACAGGCCCGUGUUCAAGUACGACGUCACACUCGGCCCAAACAUCACCAGGCCGCGCAGAGACGGCACGGCUUCCGUAGCGGCCGCCGCUUCAUCGAAGAGCAACCAGCAGCCCUCGCCGGCGGGGUUGACGUUGCCAUUUUUCAAGAAGACCGAGGCCCGACCGAGGAGGAGCGACAUCGCAACGCCUCCAGCCUUCGUUCCUCCGUUUAAAAGACAGAGGACAGUCGUCGAAUGGGAUUCCACGAAACUCUUCUCUAAAAAGUCGACGCAAAACAAUGAAGACCCGCCCACAACCGCCUCAGACCAAAGUAUGACCGAUCCCUUCUACGGCCACAUCCCACCUACCGACGCAUCUUGGGGUCAAGCGAACGUGCAGCUGGCCCGAGACAUGCAAGACAUGAGGAUCAGGAAGAAGAUGCGGCAAACGGUGAGGCCUCUGCCUGGCAGCUUGUUUCGAGCUAAAACCUCGGGAGCCACCAGGAUACGUUUGAGGGAUGCGGCGGCUUGCAGGCCCCCUGCCAAGUACACCCAGAAGCAGCUGUAUGAAUACGGAGUGCAUCGUCACGUGUGCGACAUCACCGGCGAGACGGCGGAGGCUUUUCGCUUUCGGCUUGAGCUGUUCUUCAAAAAGGACGCCUUCGCAGACGAAAGCGGCAUCCGACUUGCGGACGGCGGGCGGCUGAUUCCCAGCGAGGACGGGACGGCCGGCAAAGAGCAGUUCUGCAGAGCCUUGUGCGACACGCCCGGCGUGGAUCCCAAAUUGCUCGCUGACGAGUGGGUGUACAAUCACUACAGGUGGAUCGUGUGGAAGCUGGCUUCCAUGGAGAGGUCCUUCCCGCAAACUAUGGGAGGCCGCUGCCUCACACCUGAGAGGGUUCUACUGCAGCUCAAGUACAGAUAUGACGUGGAGGUGGACCACAGCCGCAGACCCGCUCUGAGGAAGAUCAUGGAAAAGGACGACACGCCGGCCAAAACUCUGGUUCUCUGCAUCUGCGGGGUGGUCUCCCAAGACCGGGUGGCGAACCCGUGCGCGGUGGUGUGGCUGACCGACGGCUGGUACUCGGUGAAGGCGCAGCUGGAUGAGCCCUUGAGCGCUCUGCUUCGCAAGGGACGACUGGCCGCAGGCGGGAAGCUCAUCAUCCACGGCGCUCAGCUGGUGGGUUCGCAGGAAGCCUGUGCGCCGCUGGAAGCGCCCCAAUCGCUUAUGUUGAAGAUUUUCGCCAACAGCAGCAGACCCGCGCGAUGGGACACCAAGCUGGGAUUCUACAAAGAUCCUCGGCCGUACCUGCUUCCUCUGUCGUCACUGUUCAGUAACGGGGGGCCUGUCGGUUGCGUGGACAUUGUGGUGCUGAGAAGUUACCCCGUUCAGUGGAUGGAGAGGAAGUCGGACGGAGGCGUGGUCUUCCGCUUGGCCCGUGCCGAAGAGGAGGAGGCGGCGCGCCACAACGGCCGCAAGCAAAAGGCCAUGGAGGUGCUUUACGACAAGAUACAAGCAGAGUUUGAACAAGAGGACAUCGACAGCAAACGUCAACUGAGGAGAAGGAGCGUCAGUCAUCGAGAUAUUGGAAGCUUGCAGGACGGGCAGGAGCUCUACGAGGCUGUGGGAGACGACCUCGCUGGACUUGAGGCCCUUCUGAGCGAGCAGCAGCUGGAGACGCUGCGGGCGUACGGCCGCUCGCUCAUGGACAAGAAACGGGCCGAAAUGCAGGAUCGCUACCGUCGCGCGACGGAAAAAAACACGGACGGCGGCCAAACGAGCUGCCCUCAGAGAGACGUCACCCCUGUCUGGAGACUCUGCGUCGCCGACUCUUUGAAUCCCACCGGCGACGUUUACCAGUUGAACCUUUGGCGACCGUCCUCGGAUGUGCAGGCCUUGUUGAAGGAAAGUCGUCGAUACAAAGUCUACAACUUGGCCACGUCGGACAGGAAGAAGCGUGGCGCUGUUGGGGCACUUCAGCUCAGCGCCACCAAGAAAACACAAUUUCAAGAACUCCAGGCUUCUCCGGAAUGGUUAUCAACAUGCUUUCGACCGAGAGUGUCUACCGACUUUGUGGCUCUUCAAAAGCUGGAAUUUGACCCUCCGUGCGGGGAGGUUGAUCUGACGGGAUGCGUCGUCAGUGUGCUGGAUGGAAAAGGCCCUUCUCCUGCCUUCUACCUGGUGGACGGCAAGGUGAAUUUUGUGAAGGUCCUCUGCUUCAGCAGCCUGCUUCAGGCCGGCCUGGCGGACGUCGUGAAACCCGGCGCGCUGCUCGCGCUGAGCAACCUGCAGCUGAGGGGCCGCUCCACCCGGCCCACCCCCGUCGUGUACGCGGGGGACCUCACCGUCUUCUCCACCAAACCCAAAGAGGAGCAUCUUCAAAAGGCCCUCGGGCGGCUCAGGGACCUCCUGCAGGAACAAGAGACGUUCUUUGUGUGCGCCGAGGACAAACUCGCCCAGGUGCUCAAGAGGGACGUGUGUUCUCCCGCUCUGCCGCCGAAAACUACACCCACGCAACACGCGUUGACAAACACCACAUCUCAGCAGCCGGUCAGAAGCCUCGGCUCCUUCACUCCACCGAGCAGGAACCUCCAGGCCGCAGCCGACACUUCUUCGUCGGAGAAGGACCCGAGAAGCUUGAAGAGGAGGCGAGCUGUGGACUACCUCUCUCGCGUGCCGUCUCCUCCGCCAUUGUUUCUCCCAGUGGGCCUGGCUGCUUCGCCUUUCGUCAAGAAGACCUUCAACCCUCCUCGGAGAGCCAGCACCUUAAAAACUGUACGCACCCCAAACCUGGCGCCUGUGUCUGCAAGUCCGCCUGAUGAAAAGGAGGAGGAAGCGUGGGUGAACGACCAUGAGCUCGCUAUGAUUGAUACGCAGGCCUUGCGUUCCAAUGAGGCACUAUAACUGCACUCUGCUGCAUUGUUAAAGGGAGCCACAAUGUAAAAAAAACAUGUUUGAAUAAAUUAUUUGUC